GGACAAUGAAUGUGAAUCUUAGGUCUUGAUAAAACUGCAGAAGUUAUUCGGCAUUAUCACCAAGAAAGCACAACAAGUUUUAGUUAACGUUUAAAAAAAUGCAUAAAGUUACGGAAGCCAAGGAGAAAGAAAUUUUAGAGAAAAUAUCCGCCAACGAUGUCAACGGACUUCAAAACCUUCUUUCCGCCCUUAAGCUAGGCAAUGUUGACUAUGUGGACGAAAACGGUAUGACUCCGCUUCAGCAUGCCUGUUACAAAGGAAACAAGGAAAUAGCUCAAAUGUUGUUGGAUCAGGGUGCAGAUGUCAAUAGCGGCAAGCAUGAACAUGGGUAUACUGCAUUACAUUUCGCUGCCUUGUCUGGAAAUACCGAUCUAUGCCAGUUGCUACUGGAAGCAGGAGCUAAGAUGUAUGAGACCAACUCAGUUGGUCGCACAGCAUCUCAGAUGGCUGCGUUUGUUGGUAAUCAUAACUGUGUUGCUGUGAUGAACAAUUUCGUUCCAAGAUCGGAAAUUGACUAUUACACUGUUCCACAAGGCUUGGAAAAAGAGCCCAGGCUCCAACCUUUCCUUGCUGCCCCCUUACACAAAUUUAUAAUGCAGGUUAAUAUGAGCCCUGUACGUGUUGCCUUAAAUUUACAUGGAGUUUUAUUGGAUCAUCUAGACAAAGCGAGAAAGGUCUUAGAACUUUUACGAGAUCGUGAGGCUCAUCGGGGUUCUGAGACUAAUGAAAUAGCUACAUUCAAAUUUCACUAUCUGUCUUUUGUUGUGGCAGAAAUAUGUCAGAUACAACAGAGGCAACAACAGCUUCAAUCACAAAUGAAACUAAAAGAGAAAGAAAAUGAAGAAGACAAGACCAAAGAUGAAGAAAAGGACAAAAAGUGGGAUCCGAUUGAGCUAUUUGUGAAAAGUAUGUUGAAACCAGCCCAACCUGGCAAACCUCUCACAUCAGAACUUCAGGAUCGUUUCUUACGAGAAUGUAUAAGGGAAUAUCCUUACCGUGAGAGCAACCUUUUAAGACAAAUGGUCACCAGCUUGGCUCCAAGUGAUUCUCCAAGUGCCCUAUCUGUGAUCUCAGCAGCUAUUAAUGGUCAAAGAGGUUUCAAUGACUCUGCUGCCUCAGCUUGUUGUACAUGUGGGGAGGAAAAGGCUCCCAAAAAAUGCUCCAAAUGUAAAGCAGUGCAAUAUUGUGACCGAGAAUGUCAACGGCUACACUGGUUCUUGCAUAAAAAAGCCUGUGCUAGACUUGGGUCAGCAAAUAGUGCUAUUGGGAAUGGUGGAGGUAUGACCCCAACAUCUGACAAUGGAGCUAUUACUGAAAAUGCUUAGACUAGCGUACUUAAUUUUGCCAAUUCUGAAUGUUGGGUGCUUUUGCUGGUUUACUCGUGUAGACAUGUUCAUUCUGAUGAAUUUGCUGUUGUAGUUAAAUCUAAAAAGUGUUAAUGGUUUUAUUGUGCAUGUAAUAUGGAAUGACAGUAUGUGAUUGGAUGAGUAGUGCACUUAUCAGUUCUCAUAUUCCUGUUUCAUUGCCUUCCAUUCUUUGUGUUGAUGUGUGAAACAAAUUUGAAGUAAUGUUGUGUGAUUGCUGUUUCAUUGGAUAGAAUUGUACUUAGGUAUUUUUUCACCUGGAGUGAUAUUUGAAAAAUGUACACAAAAACCUUGUUUUUGUUUAUCAUUGUAAUUUUCAUUUACUUUUCAUUCCAAGUUGCUAUCUGUAAGCAAUUUUUGGAGUGAUUUUCUCCUUUUUUUAACACUUCCAAUAUGUGCCACUUGACGUCAAACUUCAAUUUUAUGUAGGUAUAGCAAUCUAUUUAGAAACGGGAUUGACUUGAGUGCAAGGUAACAUUGUGAUAAUUCUUACUUAAAACUUGGCUUUAUGACCUAGUCAUUUCUUGGGCAAAGAGAGAUUUGUGCUUUUUUCCUUAAUUUCAAAUUUCACCCGUCGUUCUCUGUCUGUCACAGGCGUUUGUUAAGUCUUCAUCUAUUUGAAUUUGCCAUUUCUGUACAAUUUCUGUAUAUUUUUAAGAAUACACUAUAUGGAUUGAG